CUGGCCGAGUCCCGGGGCCCGUUCCCGGAGUGGGAAAACAGCGCCUACAACGAGGGACCGACUUCGACGCCGAUGCGUAACUCGGCUCCGGUGACGAUCGCGCCCACCGGAACGAUCAGCAUCAUCGCCGGGGCUUCCAGCGGGAUCGAGCCAUUGUUUGCCUUGUCCUUCGUCCGCAACGUGAUGGACAACACGCGACUGGUAGAGGGCAACGCCUACCUGGAAGCCGUGGCACGCCACGAAGGGUUCUACUCGCCGGAACUGAUGGAACAGCUGGCCAGCGUCGGAUCUCUGGACGAUUUGGACGUGCCCGACUGGGUCAAGAACGUGUUCCGGGUAUCCCACGACAUCGACCCCCGGUGGCACGUGCGGAUGCAAGCGUCCUUCCAGGAAUACACGGACAACGCGGUAUCCAAGACGAUCAACUUCCCUCACGACGCGGCGGUGGAAGACGUGGCGGAAGCCUACCGUUCCGCCUAUACCCUGGGGUGCAAGGGAAUCACGGUGUACCGCGACGGCAGCAAGGCGGAGCAGGACAAUGCUCUUGCGAGGGAUCUGCGUUUCCGUUGA